AUGCCAGCAAUUUGUGAUCUCCACUGCUGCAAGGACGUGCCCGUAAGAAAUGGCCUUAUUGGGCAGAAACCACCCUCUAUCAACCCCGAGAGACUGAAGGAUUUUGGUGAGGAGGAUUACCUGAACGGGGAUGUGAAGACCUGGGAGAUGAAGAUAGUGAGCAGAAAUGAGGAGCUACUUAGGGAUGCCCUUUCCUGCAUCCCUCAGCCAAGCAGCAGGACCAGCCUGGCAAGCUGUAACAAGCUGAUUCGAUUUGAAGACAUUAGUGCAGCAGCCUUCAAAAUCCAGAGUGGGGUUCAGAAAACCCCCUGUAUGUAUUCUAGGCUAUCCAAGCAGUAUGGAAUGGACAUCUACCUGAAGAAGGAGUUCCUCCAGUACACGGGGUCUGUGAAGGAACGAGGUGUACUUUACCUUCUGAUGUCACUGCCUCAGGAGCAGCAGAGGAAAGGGGUGAUCGUGGCUUCGGACAGUAACUUUUCCAUGGCUGUUGCCUACCACGCCUCGGAGCUCCGUGUUCCCGUGUCUGUCAUCGUGCCCACGGGCACGGCUCCGGCCAGGGUGCGGAUGUGCCGCGACUACGGCGCCAUGGUCAUCUCCUACGGCACCACGGCCAAGGAUUCCCAGGUGCACGCCAGGAGGCUGGCACAGGAGAACGGCUACCUCUACCUCGAAGAGGAGGACAGUGCUGUGUACCUGUCAGGCCUGGGGACCGUGGGGCUGGAGAUGUACGAGCAGGUGCCAAAGCUGGACGCGGUGAUUUUCCCUGCAGGAGGCCACUGUGGCUUGCUGGCAGGGUCAGCUGCUGCACUCAAACACCUCAACCCACAUAUUUCUGUAAUUGGAGUUGAAUCUGAAAGUUUCCCAGUAUUGCAACAGUCCUUAAAAGCUGGCCACCCUACUGAUGACCAGGCCUGCAACAAUCAUCACUUCUAUGGAGAUGUGAGUGGAGUCUGCUUUGGCAGCAAUUCUUUGCAGCUGACUGGGAAGCUUGUGGAUAAAGUUGUUGCUGUGAGGGAGGAGGACAUCCUCCUUUCAAUGCUGAGGCUGCUGGAGUACGAGCGAGCCACGGUUGAUGCAGAAGGGGCCAUUGCACUUGCAGCGCUGGUGGCAGGGAAGCUGCCUGAGCUGAAGGGUAAAAGAGUGGCAGUUGUUAUAUGCAGUGGAAACCUGGAAUUACAUUUGCUGCAACAGUGCAUAGCUCGUGCCCUGACCCUGGAUAACAGAGUGUGCAGAUUUUCCCUUGUGAUUUCUGACUGCCCAGGAGACAUGUCAAAGCUACUGGAGGUUUUGGCUCGGGAAGAAGCAAGAGUUUUGGAUAUCAAACAAGAACGCACAUUUGUGACGUCUGAGCUCUUCACUGUCGAGGUCAUCUGCACUGUGGAGACCAGAGACAAGAUCCACACAGCCCAGCUGAGGAACGCGCUCCUGGAGCGCUACCCCACGACUGCGUGGACGGAGCGGUGACGGGCACAGAGCCUCUGACAAGGAUUCUGCAGAGCCCCAGCCCCGAGGCUUUCACAACAAAUGCUAUCUUUCAAAGCUGAACAGCUAGCAAAUAGUUUCAGGAUAUUUGUUUCCUGCUCAAAAUGUAGCAAAUGUCUUUGGGGGAAAAAAAGUUAAACUCAAAACUUUAGUUUAGCUAAGGGAAGCGCUUAGUCUCUGCUGUUAUUGGAAUUCCUCGAUUCAUUAUCAGCUGGCUGCCUGGAUUUUGGCUAGUUUGUAGAAUCCAAACAGGGAGAAGGCAUUUCUCUUUACAGCUGAAUACAGAGCUCUCAAAGGUCUUUCGAUUUUGAUGCCCCUUGUUAAAGUAAUGCAGCUCCUUCUGCUGGACUAAGCCACACUACAAGUACAGAAAUUUUCUAUUUCCAAGCCAGCAGCAGUUUUCUGUUUGCUAAAUCUGCUUCAGGAGGUGUAUACAUGUGUGUAGGGUUGAACACACUUCUGUUCUGAUCACGUGAGGAAAAAUUAUGCUAAUAGAAGUGAUUUAAACAGAAAAACCCUUGGAAGAUAAAAGCCAUUAUAAUAUUAAUUUUUUUCCCAAGGAAAAAUUAUCCUAUUUGCAGAAUAAAAUUCCAAGAUAUUUUGCAGAAAAAAAGUAUUAAGUAUAAUCAGAGCUCAUGAACAGAAAACAAAUGUAUUUCUUCCCUCUGCUUUUGGAGACUCAGUACAAAAAGUAGCAACAGGCUUGUGUUUCUAUACAAAAAGGGAUCUUGGUACCCAGGUGAAUUUUGUAAUUAGCAUUACACUGAUUAUCUUAGUCUGUCUAAAACAAACUCUAUCCAUCUCACCUGACAGAUUCAGUACACUGUUAAUAGUGACAUAUAUUUAAAGACCACAUGUUAAAAGGCAAAGGGAGUGCUGGGAGAAGAGGAAGCCUAAGUCUUAGGCACAUGGCUAAUGCAAUUAACAAAGAACACAUUGACCUAAAUACCAUUUUUAGCAUACAGGCAGAGACCAACUAAUAAUAUAGCAGAGUGGGAUGGCAAGAAAUGUAGGAGAAGUUCAGGCCCUCUUCUGAAUGUGCACACAACACAGCUGUGCCUUUUCAUUUGGGCAGAAUUUAAUUUAAGCUCUGGGAAGACCUUACAGCACCUU